AUACCUUAUUAAAAGUUUUUGCUGAAAACAUUUUUUUUUUUGUUUCGAAUAUUGAUCAGAAUGAAAGAUUCAUAAAUUAAAAGUAUAUAUUUUGAUAAAAGAAUAAAUUUCAAAAUAGAAUUUAUAGAGGCAAAUAAAAAAUUCGUUGGAAAAGAAAGGCAAAAAAGAAGUAAACUAUACAAAAAAGCUAUUAUAUAGGUAAAAUAUGGAAGGUGACUAUGGCGAAAAAGAAAUCAAUCUCCGAUCAUUUAAACGCAUUUGUCGACAAUGGAAUUGGCCGUUUUUUAAACGUCAAUAUCUUUGGAUUUUUGUUGUAACCGUUAUAGUUUGGAGAACUCUCGUAGUUACUAUUGGUUUUACAUUUUUUUAUGCAAAUCCACGGGAGAGAUCUCCGUGCACACCAGUGAAUAACGUAAUCUUUCUUAAAACACACAAAACGGGUUCAACAACAGUUGCGAAUGUAAUGUAUAGAUAUUCAAAAUCAAAUAAUUUAAAAGUGGUUUUACCAAAGUGCGCUCACAGAUUUUGUUGGCCAUUUAAAUUUAAGCAAAACGCAAUUUACAAACAUAAAGAAAACGAUACUUACAACAUGAUGUUUCAUCACGCUGUUUUUCAUAAGCAAAACAUUUUAGAAAUCAUAGACAAACGGCAAACAAAAUUCGUAACAAUUUUGAGGGAACCAUACUCGCAGCUGGAAUCAGCAGCGCAAUCAUUUAAUUUUAAGCAUUGCUACAAAUUAAAUGGAAAGUUACCUAUUCUUGAUGAACUUUUCAGCGUUUCGGACAAUGAUUUAAAAAAGUAUAUAAAAUCUCAGGAAUAUGACCCAUAUGGUGCUUUUUCUUUAUCAAAAAACCCAAACGCAUUUGACAUGGGAUUUGACCCAUGGAACGAAACUACCGAAUAUAUUAAAACAGUUUUAAAAUCAAUUGAAAAAGACUUUAGUCUAGUAAUGAUUACAGAAUACAUGGAGGAGUCGUUGGUUUUAUUAAAAAACGAGCUUUGUUGGAAUUUGAAGGAUAUAGCAUUUUUUAUUCAUAAUGUAAGGUUGACCAAAGAUGUCGGUUCAAACAAUAUUGAAAAAACAAAAACACGUGUUUUGAAUUGGAAUAAAAUGGAUGCUGCAAUUUAUGAUUAUUUUAAUAAAACACUUUGGAAAAAAAUAAAAAAUAGUGGUAUUAGUUUUCAACAAGAUCUUGAAAAACUUAAAAAAAUGAACUUUUUAUUGAAAUAUGAAUGUGCAACUCAACCGAAAAAUAAAAAUGAAAAAGCUGUAUUCAUAUUAAAAAAUAAAUUUAAUAUAGUGGAAAAUAUAACAGAGUUAUGUUCAGACCUACAAACUCAAGAGCUAGACUAUACAGAUAUUUUAAAACAAUCAAAAAAUUAAAUACAUUUUUAUAUUAUUGUAUAAUGUUUCAAAGUAGUGUUAUUUAAAUAGAAAUAUGUUGUAUAUAAUAAGUAAUGCAGUAUAAUGUUUUAUUUUU